AUGGGGGAGGUAUCAAGGGUCUCUCCGAGUUAUUCAUCUUGCGCAGAGUGAUGGAACGGAUCAAGGAGAAGAUAGAGGAAGACCAGAAGGAUAGCCUGCCUUAUGCCGAUCCUAUUUCGCUCAUCAUAUCACCAGGCCGUUCCGACGUCAAAUGUCCAGAACUCUUGCCAUGCUACUUUUUUGACUUCAUGGUGGGAACGAGUACUGGAGGACUUAUUGCCGUCAUGCUAGGAAGACUGAGAAUGAGUGUGGACGAUGCCAUCAAGGCGUAUUGGAAUCUCGGAGCCAACAUCUUUCCCCCUCGUGUCAUCUUACCCUCUCAGCGGAGAGAGAGACUAAAGAGGGCAAUCAAUAGCGUGAUACAGAGCCACUGCCUCUGCCAUCAAGCCGGAGGACCCUGUGUUGGAGAACAGGAGGAGCUCAGGCAACACGACUACGCCGAAUUCAGCGAUGACAACUACCGGAAAAACAAGAGCACGAGGAAUCUUACUUGCAAGGCGGCUUUAGUAACGCAGAGAAGAGGAGGAGGAGACUCUAAUGAGGUGUAUCUUUUCCGAACAUAUAACAACACAAUCAACAGACCCAGUAUCCAAAAUAUCCCAAACCCGAAACUUUUGGACAAAUCCAAGCUUUCCAUCUGGAAAGCUUGUUGCGCUAGCACUGCAUCCCGAAAGCACUUUGGGGUCAUGGUGAUUAAGGAUGCUCAGUACAUCGAUGGUGGUGCUGAUAACAACAAUCCGAGCGGCAUCGCCUUGGACGAAGCACGCGCGGUGUCUCGCUCAACCGAGCCCAAGGUCGCUGCGAUGAUCAGUCUUGGCUGUGGCGAGAAAAUAAAACCUGGCUGGCUGGGCGGCAGCCCCUUCACAAUAGCGACGCUCAAGGCUCUGACAAGACGAGUCACCGACACAGAGAAGACGCACCAAAACACCAAGAAGGCUUGCCAGCAGGCGGGAACUCCGUACUUCAGAUUCAACGUCAAACCUUAUCAGCGAAACUCCGGGCUCAAGAAAAUCAAGAUGGACCAUUGUAAGAAGAAGUCCAAAAAGCCUUGGUGGAUGUUUGGUGGCCAGAUGCAGAUCCCUGACGAAAAGGAGAUGCCACCCUGGUAUAUCGACCUACAGUCUGAGGCAGGGUCUAGCAACGACAGCCACGACAGCGAUGUUUCCCCUGGUUCGGAGCCAGAUCAACAGCAGAGGAGCGAGUUUGACCCCGACAAGUACUUCUACUCUACCUACAACACGAUUUUCAUGGAAACAAUGAAAUACUGCGAGGUUCGAGAUGUGGGUAGACAUGAGCAAGAGGUGAGGGUUGAGAUCGACAGAUGUGCUGAGGUUCUUUUGGCGUAUGCUCGAGCUCGUCACCGCGAUCAUUCGGAGAGAUGGAAAUGUUUCAUUAGCCACCCGGAUCCACGGCAUCCGCAAUAUAUGACAUCUGGAUAUAGGCGUAAUGGAGACGAGCCU